AUGGAGGGGGCAAAAGGUUUGGAACAUGAGGAUGGUUUCUAUGUCGUGCAGGAAUUCAACGUGGACGAUCCCACGGAUCUGAUCACUGUCGUGGACCUGCCGAAUCGUCGAAUGUUGGAAUGCAAGGCACGACACCUGGUGCCAGUGGACACCAAAUGGUGCCCUGAGAACCAGGUGUCUGAAUUUGGGCAAUUCUUCAUUUGCUUCACCGCCUGUCUCUUCCUGUACCUCUUGAUGCUGUACUUUUGCAACCUGCACAAGGCACGUGUACAGUACUGGAGCCUGCUGCUGAUGUUCUGGUUUUCAGACUUGGCGGCGGGGCUCUCUACUGGGAUGCAGGGGCAGAUGUACUAUCCAACAGGAGCCACGGAGGACCGGCUCUUCAUGCGGCAGACUUUCCUGCUGACCUCGUUUAUUCAACAGCUAGGCAUUGCCUUCUUCUUUGAGCUGAUUUCCUUCAUUUGGCCCAUGGAGAUGAUCAAAUUUCUCUUGGAACGAUGCUGCGGCUGCGCAGGCCGCAGUGUGCGAGGAGGUGCGUUCAUUGUCGUGACCUUCAUCUUGGGCCUGGUCAACGCUUAUAUCGCCAUUGCGGUGGCAUACACGCCGGCCUCCAUUGUGGUGGUAGGUCAUCAUCCACUACUGCUGGGUUUCGUGAAUUUCCUGCUGGAUAUUCCAUACAAACUCGUGGAGACCCGAAUCAAAAGGUUCCUUUGGUCCAGAUGCUGUGGGGAAGAAGACGCUGGCCUGGUGCCUGAGUACGUAGCCCCCGAGCUGGACUGGCUGGGCGUUGAGUUGGCGGAAGCACUGCCUGAGGAGUUCGUCCUGCGGCAGCCCGCGGGCAGCGCGCAGCUGCUGGUGGUGGCGGUGGAUUGA